ACUCUUUACUGAAAAGCAAAAGUCAAUUGUCUAUACUUGUCUUGUUUUUGUCAAUUGUCAAAUUAAUAAAAUUGUUUUUCGCGGCAAAAAUGAUAUUAAAGGAUUUCAAUAUUAAUUUGCUAACAAAGCUUUUAACACAACAACUUGAACAAGUAACCUGUUUUGGAUGCUGUAGAUGUUAUUCUGCUCCUGUGACUGCAGCGUGCGGUCAUACGCUGUGCAAUGGAUGUUGGUAUGGAAGAGCAAACUGUCCUGUAUGUGCUCUAACAGUGGAAAAGAAGAAUCAAAAGUUAAAUCUCCCCUUACAAAGUCUUACUGACCAUGUUUAUGCCCUAAUAAAUAGUUUUGAAAAGUUGUUUAAUAUUAAAUUGGCAGAGUUGGAACUUGAAACAUCAAGUAAAGAACUGCAAACAACAGAUACAAAUAAAAAUGUUACAGACUGGUUGGAAAAUUCUCAAAAUAAAUUUUCAGCUCCCAUCAGUAAUCUUUCAACACAAGAUUUAAACACACAUGUUGAAUAUUUAACAAGUGAAGCACAAAUUCACACAUCAAAUUGUAAACCAACACAUCAACCUAAGAAAGACUCUGUUCAGCAUAUUCAAGAUGAUUGGGACAAAAUAGAAAUACUGGAGGAACCUGAAGACUGUAUCAAAGACAAGGAAAAUGUACACAUUGAAACAAUGAAUAUAGAUGAAUAUGAAUACACAUCAGAAAAUCCACGCAGAAGUACCCGGAAAAAAGAAAUAAGUAUCAGCAGGGAGCCUCAUGAAGUUCAAAAUGAAAAGGCCGACUCAACAAAGUCAACCACAGUAAUAUCAAAACAACCAAAUAAAACUAAACAAACAUGGAAUCAUGCUAAGAAAAUGAGGCAAGAGUUCAGUAAGCUAAAUAAAGAAAAUAGAAAUAAACUGAAUGUAUCUAUUGAAACAGUUAAGAAAACUCAAGUGUUAUGCAGUAAAACAAAGUUAGUAGAGAAACAAAACCUCACCACCAACACAGCUAGAAAUAGAAAUAUUACAGCUAUUGAAUCUAAUAAAGAAACUGAAGAAGAAAAAAACUUGAUCACCACAAAUAUUGUGGAUCCGGGCAUAAUAAAUAAAACAAAAAAAAGUAUACCCAAAACAAAUGAAUGUGACUCAACUAAACAAACACCUUCAACUAUUCAAAAUAAAAAUAACACUUCCGUUGAUAGUGGUAAUCCUUGUGACAAUGAAGUUAUGUCGCCUAAAGUUAAAUUUUUUAAAAAAGGUUCAUUACAUGUCAGACCAAAGGAGUUUCCUCACAUAUCUGUGGAUAAAGAUCACACAUAUGUUGAUAAAGAUGAAACAAAAAGAUCAGACGAUGUAAUAAUAACCAUAAGAGUUGGUAAAGUAAUAACAAAUGUUUGUAUAAAGCAAAAUGAAAGUAAUCCUCAAGUUAAAAUCCAUACAGAUAAAGAAGUACAAACUUAUUUAGGACCUGAAAAUAUAAGUAUGGCUGCAUCUGAAAAUAAAACACACAAUAAUAUCAAAAUUAUUGAAGUUGAAUCAAAACACACUACAUCACAACCAAAAACUCUAUCAAUCGUGAAUGUUGCAUCACAGAGUAAUAAAGACAUUGUUAAAUCUGAUUCAACAAAGAAGAAUACUGCUUCAGCGGAGACAAGAACUGCACAAUUUGAAAUAACAGCUAGCAGUGAGAAAGAAUUACCAGAAAUUAUGGAAUGUUUUACAGAUGAAAAUAGACAAAAAAAUAUACAAAGUCAAAGAAAAGAUAAGAAUAAUGAGGGAUCCCAAAAGAAUAUUCGGGAAGAUAUAGAAGAAAUUAAUGAUUUAUUUGAUGUUAAUUUUUCAAAAACUCCAAAUGUUCAAUCAUUAAAAUCAUCUAAAAAUAUCCCUUCAACUAUAUUAGUUCCAACACAGAACAAAUCAAAAACAUACACACCAGUGGAUAAGAGACUAAGAAACUUGGAUUCUGAAGAAUUACCUUUAAAGAAGAAACAAAGAUUAGAUACGCAGAAUGUAACAAUGCGAGGAGGUUCAAAAGCCAGUUAUAAUGAUAGCGAAUUAAGCAACUAUGAUACCGUUAUGGAAAAAGUAUUUGCUAACAUUGAUGCAGAUAUUGGAAUUAUUCAAAGUAACAAAACACAAAUUUAUCCUUCGAAUAAAGCAAAUUCAAUUAAAAAUACUCAAGUUGUCUACUCACAAAGUCAAAAAGUUAAUAAUAACCAAAAGGAUAGUGAAAAUUUAUUUUCUAAUUGUGAUAAUGAUGUCAUUACUCAAACAAAUAAAUUAAACAUACAAACAAACCCCACUCGUAAUGAACUAUUGACACAUAAUUUGUGUCGAGAAUUUACAUCACCUGAAGAAGAGAAUAGAGAAAAUGAGAACAUGGAUAUAGAGUUAGGAACACCUCUAGAUGAUGGUUCUGAUGUCAGCAUUGUUGAAGAAACACCACAAAAAAAUGUUUCCAACAUAAAAGUGAAACAAAAAUCGGGAAUAUCUUCUAAUUUCGACAAUGAUAUAAGUGAACAAUCAGAUGUGAGAAAUCUUAAUUUAAAAGCAACUAUAAAAAAUAAUAUCUCAUGUAAUAGUUUAAAUGAAACACUUAAAAAGAAUCAAGAGAAUACUGAUAUAAAGAAAGUGAAGAAUUCCAUCAUAACACCAUCUACAAUAAACAAAUUUGUGGAACAAAUACAACAUAAGUCAACUCCAGUUGCAAGAAAAUCACUUAAUUUUAACAUGAAAAAUAUUAAACAAGACGCAGAAGAAACAUUAUGUAAAAGUUCAUUUACAGAAGUAGAAACAACUCAGGAGAAAGAGUUUAUGAAUGAAGUAUUUGAAGCUUUCAGUUCACCGGAAUUUAAGUCUAACGUUGUACUGCGUGAGAAGAAUCGUAAGGUCGAAUUUUGCGUGGCAGGAUCAUGCUUGAUGCCAAAACAAACUAUCAAAUUACGACAACUGUGUAGAGAUAAAGGUUGGCGCUUUGUAGAGGAAUAUACAGAUGAUGUAACACAUUUAGUUAUUGAAGUUGAUGAAGAAAAUAAAUGUAAAAGAUCACUGAAAUACAUGCGAGCUCUCGCAGCAGGGAAAUGGAUAAUCGGGUUUGCAUGGGUAGAGAAAUGUAUACAAACUGGAACUAUUAUCUCUGAGGAGGGUUUUGAAUGCCUGGACAUGACAGGCGAGCCUGGACCGCGGCGGUCGCGACUGGCAAAGCGCAAGUUGUUCUCAGACAUCGCCUUCUUCUGCAUGCCGCCCAUCAACAUGCUGGAUCAUGAUAUGUUGAAGGAGAUUUUAAUAAGUGCUGGAGGUACAAUAGUGGAAGAGAUGAGCGAGGUGCGCGUGGCGGACGGAGCGCCCGGCCUCGUGUUAGCGGAGCCCGACCACACGCAGGACUCCAAGUAUGAAUACAUGGCGAUGGACCUGGGCAUAGUGCCAGUACAUUGCGAGUGGGCGCUGAAUUGCCUCGGGCACUACGCGCUCGCGCCUCUCGAGGUGCCUCUGCUGCUCUGCUCGCCUACAGUCCUCAAGCCUAAAGUCCAGCACUGGCCACAUGAACUAAGGGCACUUAUAGAAUAGUAUAGUUCAUUUCAAAUAUCUUACCAGCUCGGGAUACUGCGUGAAUAGCUGUGUAGAACACAAUUUUAUGUGUAGCAAAACCCGGAGGGAUGACCUUGAGCCGUCAAGAUAUUUGAAAAGUAUACAUAUGUAAUCGCCCUUGUUAUUUUUACCUUAUUAUAUUUGAAACAACAUCUUUUUGUCAUCUGUGUUAAAUUAAUCAUUGAAAAUUAUUAUUUUUUUACAUUAUGAGAAGUUUCGAAUAUUUUUUUUACUUUUAAACAAAUUUAUGCUUUUUCACAUGAUACAACACAUGUAAAAUAAAGUUACAAUUUUAAAUAUUUUUAUGUAAAUUUUCUUACUCAUAGUAGGUUAAAUGGUUACGUGAGUCUGAGUGUGGAAGUUUAAUCAAUAUAUUAACUACUUGAAUAUAUGUGAAAG